CCUAGACUCACGUGCCUGGCCGCCCCGCCCAGGGGCUUCUGCCAGCCCUGGCGGCGCCUUGGUGGUGUGUGGGUGUCAUUGGCAUGUUGACCAACAGCCUCCUGCCCUGCCCAGCUGGAGCUGUGCCCCCAGCUGCGCUGCCUGAGGCCUGUGGGUGGGUGGGAGGACCAGGGACGGGGACAGGGAGAUCUGGGAGCCUCGGCCUCCACCGCAGGGUGAGCAGGUGGAGCAGCAGCAGGAGAUGCUGGGCAGGGAGUGUGGCUGCCUUCCUUUCGCUGAAGGGAUUCUGCUCAGGGAGGCAGAGUCUAGGCGACCUAAUUUCUAGGGGCGAGGACAAGAACACAGCCACACCGGGAUGUGGCUGACCGUCUACCUCCCUCCUAGGGGGCUGGUAGGGGCUUCUGGGACGGUUUUGGGACAGGUCUGGGGCACCAGAACCGGCUCAGGCAGGUCUCCCACCCCUUACCCUGGGGGUCUCCAUGGGAAUGAAAGCCAGGAGUUCAUCAGGCACCCAGCUGAGUCGAGGGGGCGGGACCCAGUGUAGCCCGGCCCCUCCCUGGACCAGGACCUCAAAUACCGGCUCCUGCCUUGGUGCCAGAGCUGCUGCCAGAGGGAGUCAGUGCAGUCCUGUGUCGGACACGCCCGCAGCCUGGACCCGGGAUCCCCAUCCCCCUAGGAUCUCCGAGCCUCGGGCCUCUGCACCCACAUCCAAGGCGGCAGCGUCUGUCCCUCCCAGCCUCUCGCUCCGCGCAAUGGGCGGGCCCCGGGCUCUGCUGGCCGCACUCUGGGCGCUGGAAGCCGCCGGGACCGCCGCGCUUCGCAUCGGAGCCUUCAACAUUCAGAGCUUCGGUGACAGCAAAGUGUCGGACCCGGCUUGCGGCAGCAUCAUCGCGAAGAUCCUGGCUGGCUAUGACCUCGCGCUGGUGCAGGAGGUGCGAGACCCAGACCUCAGCGCCGUGUCCGCGCUCAUGGAGCAGAUCAACAGCGUGUCCGAGCACGAGUACAGCUUUGUGAGCAGCCAGCCCCUGGGCCGGGACCAGUACAAGGAGAUGUACCUGUUCGUGUACAGGAAAGACGCGGUGUCGGUCGUGGACACCUACCUGUACCCAGACCCCGAGGACGUCUUCAGCCGCGAGCCCUUCGUGGUCAAGUUCUCGGCCCCCGGCACCGGUGAGCAGGCCCCGCCCCUCCCCUUCCGCGGCCCGCCCCUCCCCUCCCUCCGAGCUCUGACGCCCCCACCCCUUCCCGCAGCAGCACAGAAGCUGGUGCUGAUCCCGCUGCACGCGGCGCCGCAUCAAGCAGUGGCGGAGAUCGACGCGCUCUACGACGUGUACCUGGACGUGAUCGACAAGUGGGGCACCGACGACAUGCUGUUCCUGGGCGACUUCAACGCCGACUGCAGCUAUGUGCGGGCGCAGGACUGGGCCGCCAUCCGUCUGAGGAGCAGUGAGGUCUUCAAGUGGCUCAUCCCUGACAGCGCCGACACCACGGUGGGCAACUCAGACUGCGCCUACGACCGCAUUGUGGCCUGUGGCGCCCGCCUGCGCCGGAGCCUGAAGCCCCAGUCGGCCACCGUGCACGACUUCCAGGAGGAAUUCGGCCUGGACCAGACUCAGGCUCUUGCCAUCAGCGACCACUUUCCAGUGGAGGUGACCCUCAAGUUCCACCGAUGACUCGAGGCCUGGCUGGGGCAUGCCACCUGCAGACCCUGGCUCUGAGGAAUGGCCCAACAGUGGCCUCUUCAGGGUGGCAGCCACCCUUCAGUGAGGCCCCAAGGCAGAGUCGGCUGGGCGUGGACCA